AUAUGGACUACAUCUCCCAGAAGGCUAAGGGUCGGCUGCGGGGGGUCCGCUGUAGUCUCCGCGGCUGGGCGGCUAGUUCAAGUUGCCAUAGCUGCCGAGUCUGGGGGAAGAGAAGAGUCAGUUGCGCCGGCCGCGUCUGGUCAGUUGCAACCUUUUGCAACGGCUGGAGCCGGGUUAGAGAUGAUCAGGCGCUGAGGGCCUCCGGCCCUCUCCUUUUUUAGGUGGUUUGGGAAAAGUAGAGGGGCAGCCAAAAGCCAAAGUUCAUCAAACAUACUGAGUAGACUGUUUGCCCUGAACGUCAUGGUCCUGACGAAAUGAUAGAAAGGAGAGGUAUACCAUCAGAUCCAGGAGAUUGAACAUCCUUCAUUUGUUGCCCCAGCUUUUGGAAUUAACAGUAGCUGACAUUUUAAAUGUGCACUGGUGAAUCUCUUGUGCUGGAAAUCAUGAUUCUUUCUUACUAAAAAAAGAAUUUGAAGAUCACAAUGGCAGAAUCAUCCAGUGAGUCAGAGUACUAUCUUCACAGUCGAUUGGAUUGGCGGAAGCCUCACAACCGCCGUGACCAUGCUGCAGAUGUUACUGCAAAAAUCCACACCUUAACAAGUACUUUACAGGAUACCAAUCGAAACCUCCGACAAGUUGACCAGAUGCUGGGACAGUAUAGAGAUUACAGCAAUGAACAGACGGAAGCGAUCGAAAAUUUAAGAGAGACUUUGGAGCAAUCAAUAGGGCAAUUAAGGAGUCAACGUUUAUUGAGAAACUCUGGAGUAAGAAGUGCUUCUCUUUCAAGUUUGUAUGUAAGUGACUUGGAUGGCCCCAGUGCAACAGAUAGCCACCACCAAUUCUGGCCUUCCUCACCACUCAGGGACUCCAGAGAACCACAGGGUACUAGACUACAGAAGUCUAGAUCUACUUGUGUCCGGUUUCUUGAUCAGCCAGAUGAUUUGGUUCAGCUUCAUUCAUUGCACCAGUCCGUUCGAGACCUCAGUAAUGAACAGGCUCGUCUUGGAGAUGACCUCAACAGAGAACUUUCAAGAAGAAACAGGUCAGAUGCUCAAACUAAAAAGACUUUGGAAGAAUUAACCGUGAGACUUGAUGAAUCUCAGAGACAAGACUCAGUUUCAGAACGGGUAGAGAAACGGCUUCAAGAAAUAGAGAGAGUGAUGCAAAAUGAAAGACAUUUGGUAGAAAAGCGUCAGGAAGAGCUGGGGCUCAUGUCCUUACAGUUGCAGGAGGCUCUGAGGAAACAGGAUGCUAAUGCAGGUGAAAAUGGGGAAUUGAUGAAAACUAAAUUAAGACAAUCUGAAAAUGAAAAGAAUCAAGUUGAGCAGGAGUUGGAAACAUCCCGAAGGAUGUUGGCACAGUCAGAAUGCAGUAGGGAAUCACUUUUACUUCAGAUGGAAGACCUGCGUGUUCAACUCUCAAAAUAUCAAGCACCAAAGGUUUCUAGGCAACAGAUAAGCCAAUUGGAUGAACACGGAGAUCAAAGGAGGAUUAGAAGAGCGAGUGAGAAGUCUGAGUGGGAGAAGCAAGAACUGGAGAAGCAGGUCUCAGAGUUGAAAGCUAAGCUGAACCACAAUGUCAUGAUAUCUGAAAUACAGGAAUUGAAGCGAUGCCUUGAGAAAAAAGACAAGGAAAAAGCACAGUUUGAAGAACAAAUAGAGAUUUUAUCAUCUGACUUAGAGAGGAGGGAGAAACAGCAAGUGCGGAUGUUGGAACAACUUGCAGAGAUUCAGAAACGCUAUGAGGAAUGUGAGAGUGAACGGAUAGAAGCCAAUUCCCAUGUCAAAGAGUUGGUCCAGCAAGCUGAGGAUUCUACCAAGGAAGCAGAGAGAUACCUUAGUGAAUUCCAGCGGUCAGAGGCUUUGAGGCAGGAAUCAGAGAAGAAGAAGGAAGAAAUUAAAACAAAAGCUCAGGAAUCUAUCCGGCAGUGGAAGCUCAAAUAUAAGGCUUUAGAACGAGACUUGGAGAAACAGAAUGAGAAUGUUUUGCAUCUUACAGAAAAGAACAAUCAGAUGCUGAAAGAAAAAGAUGACUUGAAGGUUCAGCUUCACUUAGCAUCAUGUCGGAAUGAAAAUCUUCGACAGGAGCUGAAUGAUGUCAUAACCAAGCGUGCUGAUCAAGAAGAGGAGCUUCAUUCUAAGGAAAGGAAACUUAAUGACUCUAAGUGUCGGCAAAAGGACCUGGAGCAGGAAAUUAGGACCCUUAAAGACUCUGUACAUCAGCUAGAAAAUGAAUUACAAAGGCACAUUAGGUUACAUGGCCAGAUAACCACCGCAAAAGAUUAUCUAGAGGAGGAAGUUGCUGAUAUAAAAAUGGCCCGUGAAAAAGAAAAGGAAAAACUCUCUAAAUUCGAAGAGACCAUCAAAAACCUCAGUGCAGCUCGAGAAGAACUUGUUAACAAAGUGGCUGAAGAAGAACGGGCCAAGAAGGAGGCCCUUAAGAAACUUUCUGAUCUCAAGAAAAUGGAAGGAUCUAGCAAGGAGGAAAUGAGUACAGUAAUCAGGCAAUUAAAACUAGAAAGAGAUGUUCACCAGAGAGAGCUGGAAGAUGUCCGGACAGAACUGAAGAACUUGACAGCGAAGCACGAACGCACUAUUCAAGAGAUAAAGCUGCAAUUUAAACAAGAACAGUGUGAAAUUGAGAGCCAUGUUAGGUCCCUGAAGACAGAAAGCUUGGAAGAUAAGAAUGCAGUUAAAAUUCAUCGUUGGCAGGUUGAGAAAAUGAAAGUUCAAUGUGAAAAGCUGGCAGAAGAGUUAGCUCAAAAAGAGGAUGAAAACUCAAAACUCAAGCGAAAAUACCAUCUUGUGAAACAGCAUUUGGAAGAUAAGGAAAAACAGCUACAUCGUGAUGAAGAAUGUGUGAAGAGAAUGGAAGAAAUCAAGAUACAGCUCAAAGACCAAUUGCUUGCAAUGGAGACAGAGCAGGAAUCCAUUUUCGACAUGUUAGGAAAGGAAAUUGAUGUAGCUUGUGAAAUCUUCUCCAGGGACUCUUUGGAUAAAUUCAAAGCUAUUUCUAGUACAGGUGAUAAACAUCAUGAUGUACGCCAUGACCCACACCGUUGGUUAGCGGAAAGUAAGACUAAGCUUCAGUGGCUUUGUGAAGAGGCGAAAGAGAGAGAGGACAAAGAAAAAAAGCUGAAGCAACAGGUAUUGUUGUACAGACAUCAACUCAGUGACAUGACUCAGCGGAGGGAGACUGAACACCAAACUCUGUUUGAUCAGAUAGAAAGGCAGGAGCAACUUCUAGAAGAAAUUCAUCGAGAAAGAAGAGAUCUUCUAACGAAGAAUCAGAGAAAAGAAGAAGAAAUGGAAUAUCUGCAGCUGAAGCUACUAUUUAAACUUCCAUCUUGGGAAGAUGAGAAUCAGACACCUUUGACAAAUGAAAAUGAAGCCCAAUUUGAAGAUAAAGCAGACCGUGUAUGUGCUUUAGAAAGGAGUACCCAAAUGGCCUUGGAACAUCUGGAGUCUGUUCCAGAAAAACUGAACCUCCUGGAAGAUAUCAAAGACUUUGGAGAUUCCUCUUGUCCAAGGGAUUUGAUUGAAGGGAGAUAUGCUAAAUACAAACAGCUUGUGGAUUCUCUUCAGCAUCAACUAGAUGAAUAUAGUCAAAGAAUCAAAAAAUUGAAAGAGAGGAAAAUGAAUGUGAGUGCUCUCACUGAUCAAGGGGAAGGUUUAUCCCCCACUUGGCAAGCGCGCAGCAGGACCCUCCCGCACAACUCACGUCUCUCACAGACAGGCUCAUAUAUCAAAAAGGUGAUUCCUUUGGAAUUGAUUUCAACUAAGGAAGAUGCCACAAAUGUCACUAUGAAUGGAAUAAGAUCUCAAGCCAAAAAGGAGAAACUCAACAGCAAUAAAAAAAAAAUGUAAUCUCGCUGCCCCAGUUGAAGGACCAGUGUUUUUUUUUAAAAUAAUAACAUAGUUAUUCUGGCUACCAUCCGGCCCAGCUGCAAACUAACACACCAACCUGCAGCUUCAGCUUGUCCACAAUUGCCAAACACUGACUGAAAUUACAGCACAGUUGGUUCUUGGGAAUGACAUAAGUUUAACCAAACAAAACAAUAUGUACCAUUUUGGCUGAUGGAUGGGGUGAAACGCCUGGGCAACCUUUGCUCUUUCUCUUAUGUUUUCUUUGUUCAAUAUUGGUCAGAUCACAUUUCCCUGACCAAAGCUUGGAAUUACAAUAGAGUUCUUUCAAAGGUUAACAGCUGAAGAGUAGGAAGUCCAUUUGGGCCAGCACUUACUACUACUUUCAAUUCAGAUAACAUUUUUACAUGAGUGAUUUUUUAAAAAAUGCUUUCUCCCUAAUAAAUUAUCAUGUGUUAUAACAUGUCAUGGAGAUAGGCAUAUAUCAAGAAGUCCAUUAAUAAAUGCUCUAUACUAUGUAAUGUAUCAUCUUGGCAAUCUUUUACAAUAAACAUCUUUACAACUAUUUUUAA